AUGGUGACUCCUUCUUCUUUGUCGUCUUCUUCCACUUAUCCAUGGAAAUACGAUAUUUUCUUGAGCUUUCGUAGUGAAGACACCCGAAAGAACUUCACGGACCAUCUAUAUGCUGCUUUAGUUGGGUCCAAAAUCAACACUUUCAAGGAUGAUAAGAACCUUGAAAGAGGCAAGGACAUCGCACCCGAGAUCUUGAAAGCAAUAGGAGAAUCAUGGGGUUCAAUAAUUGUUUUUUCGAAAGGAUAUGCUUCUUCAAGUUGGUGUUUAGAUGAGCUUGCCGAGAUUGUGAAACAGAGGAAGGAAAGGGAACAUCAAGUUUUUCCAAUUUUCUAUUAUGUUGAAGCCUUCGAUUUAAAACAUCAAAGAGAGAAGGCUGAAAAAGACGUUGACAUGCAUGAAAAGGAGAACAAAGAUCAGACGGAGAGGUGGCGAGAUGCUUUAUCCGAAGCGGUUGGUAUCAAUGGAUAUACUUUGAAAGAUCAGUAA